CACCAAUUGAACAAUUUCACAAUGGCUCAAGCUCUGACUACCACAGAUUUGCAGGGUGCCUUGCCCCUUAUUGCCAGAGGCAAGGUCCGCGACCUCUAUGAAAUUGACGAUAAGACCCUCCUCUUCGUUGCGAGCGAUCGCAUCUCCGCCUAUGAUGUGAUCAUGGAGAAUGGUAUCCCCAACAAGGGUGUUCUCCUCACCCUCUGCACAAAAACGUGGUUCAAAGCCCUGACGGAGGCAAACCCCUCCCUCCGCACCCACUUCAUCACCCUCGACCUCCCUCCCCAGAUCCCGGAAUCCCUCCGCCCAAUCCUGCAGAACCGUAGUAUGCAAGUGCGCAAGCUGCGCAUUCUCCCCAUUGAGGCAAUUGUCCGCGGAUACAUCACCGGCUCCGCAUGGAAUGAAUACAAGAAGUCCGGUACCGUCCAUGGAAUCAAGGUCCCCGCCGGUCUGCAGGAGAGCCAGGCCUUCCCCGACGGCCCUAUCUACACCCCCAGCACAAAGGCAGAGCAGGGCGAGCAUGAUGAGAAUAUUCAUCCGGAUCAGGCUGUCGCCAUUCUUGGCGAAUCCUACGCCUCGACUGUUGCCAAGAUGGCCGUUGAGCUCUACAAGACAGCACACGAGUACGCCCUCGAGCGUGGUGUGAUCAUCGCCGAUACCAAGUUCGAGUUUGGAGUUGAUGAGGAAACUGGUGAAGUUGUGUUGGCUGAUGAAGUCCUGACGCCCGACUCCUCCCGCUUCUGGCCUAAGGAAUCUUACGCUGUCGGACGCGGCCAGGCCAGCUUCGACAAGCAGUUCCUGCGUGACUGGUUGGUCAGUGAGGGUCUCAAGGGUAAGGAGGGUGUGCGCAUGCCUGAUGAUAUUGCCCUCAAGACGGCGGAGAAGUACCAGGAGGCUUGGGAGAAGAUCACCGGUGGUAAGAUCUAG